ACUUAAUUAAAAAAGAAAAUAAUAAUAAAGUAAAUUUUCAAAUUCUAAAUUAAUUAACUAAAACAGUAGCUAUAACAGAAAGCUGUUAUAUUAAAAAAAUUUAUAAAUUAUUAAAAAGUUGAAAAAUUAAAUUUAAUUAUUGAGCAAAAAGAAAAUAUUAAUAUUUAUUUUUUGAUCUGUAAUAUCAGUUACAUUAAAAAUUAAAAAUAGAUUAAAAAUGUGUUGUUGGUCAAUGAGAGUUUUGUGGACAGUUUUACAAAAUAUGUUUAUACGAUUAGGUACAGAUUUAAUGAGUUUUUAUUAUAAUCGAUGCUGUUGUUGUACACAAAAAUCUGUACAAAAAGAAACUGAAUUGAAUGCGGAUAAAAGUAAUGACACGAAUUUUUCAGAUUAUGUAAUCAUAAAAGAUUUAGAUGUAAUGGAUUUACCAGCAUUUAAUUUAAGACCAUCAAUACCACCAGCACUACCGCCUCUACCAAAAUUAAAACCAAUUGAAUCAGAACCAUAUUAUCGAAUAGUUGAUCGUUUUUCAGCUGAAGAAAUUUUACGUAGUCGAAUUGAUGGUUCAUGUUUAGUUCGACCAUAUCGCCAAAUGGAUGAUAUCAUCAAAUAUAUUGUUACAAUUUAUGUAAAAGGAAACUAUUUUCAUUUAUAUAUACGUUAUAUUGCUGAAAAACAAAAAUAUGGUAUUGGAUUGAAAAAGCCCUUUGAAAAAUUAUUUAAUACGCCAAACGAAAUAAUUAAUUAUUACCGUAUCAAUAAAUUAUUUUGCACAAAUAGAACAGUUAAUGCCUGUGUUUUAUUAAUACCAAUUUCAUAGGUUAUAAAUUUUAUUUUGUAAAUUUUUUUUUUGUGUAAUUUUUAAGCAUUAAUAUGAAUAUGAAUUUAUUAUUUAUGUAUUUAUAAUUUUAAGAAUAGCAAAUUAAUUUACUUAUAGUAUU